UAUUUUUAGGUUCGGAGUGUAAGACAACCUGGGAAAUUUAAUUCAAGUAAUAGCUUGGAUACACAUUUUUUAUUUCAAUCAGUUUACAUACAUGUUGUAGAGAUGUGGAGUGUUCAGGCCUUGGUGGUGCAUCUCCUGCUGCUGGGCUCCAUCCUGAGCAUCUACUUCCAAUCGACCGUGUUGUCGGAUCUUAAACCACUAAGUACACUGCGCGAACUGGGCUUGGAACCGCCGGCGGAUCGACUGGUGGUUUUUGUGGUGGAUGGUCUGAGGGCGGAGUCUGUCUUGGCGAAUAACUGCAGUUCAGUUCCGGAUCUGCGGGAGCUGUUCAUCAGCCACGGCUUGCUGGGCAUCUCGCGUGCCUGUCCGCCGACGGUGACCAGACCCGGACAUAUCGCCAUCUUUGGGGGAUUUAAUGAAGACCCCGCCGCAGCACUAACAAACUUUGGCUGGAAUCCUUCUACUUUUGAUACCGUCUUCAAUCGCAGCAGGAACGCCAUUGGCUGGACUCAGGAUGUGGUUGCCAAAGUGUUCACCCACCUGCCCACCGGUGGUGCUCCUCUGCGCUUUGAAACCUUCGCCAGGUCGGACAUAUCGGGAAGACUUCGGCUGGAUGAGUGGAUUUUCAACAGGGUGCGCAACUUCCUAACCACGGAGGAGAAUGUGCGACCAUUGCGAAAUGCCACAUCUGUGGUGUUCUUUGUGUAUCUGGCAGAUAUCGACCUUGCUGGCCACGCCCACACACCGUACGGCUCGAAUUUCGAGGAAAAGCUGAACUUCACCCAACGCGGCAUCCGGCAGACCUACGAGCUCUUCGAGAGCGUUUUCAACGACAGUCGCACGGCUUAUCUGGUGACAGCGGAUCAUGGCAUGAAUGAUGCGGGUCAGCAUGGCGGUGGCGGAGAUCGCGAGGUGGAAACGCCCUUCAUCCUAUGGGGAUCUGGUGUUAAGGACGUGGCCCCCGAUCCCGGUCAGAACUUUACUGCCAAUAACGAGGGUCUUACUCUACCUCUUUACCAGUUGGAGCAAAUACAACUGGCGCCUCUAAUGUCCGCUUUGAUUGGGCUUCCACCUCCGAUGAACAACAUAGCCCUGUUGCCCUUGGGAUUCCUGAAUACCAGCAUUCAGUACGAACUGCAAGCCCUCCACUUGAAUGCCAUGCAACUACUGGCGCAGGCCAGGAUUCUGAUAAAGCGCCAUGAGGACGGCAUCCUGUAUCUGUGCCUUCCCAAAUUUGAGGGCCUGGACUCGGCGCAGAUUGAUGGAUAUCCGCUUAGGAUACAAUUUCUAGUCGCAGAGAAACAAUACGAGCAGGCUCUGAAGAUCUCCCAGAAGAUAGCCAAGCUGGCUCAGGAAUGCUUGGAGUACUAUCAUGGGUAUUAUCACUUUCCCCUUCUGGUGGCCACCACUGCCUCGUACUUUUUGUGGUUUUACCUUCUGCUGGUGCAAUUCACACGGGAGUCCACCCAACCGCGAUCGGCACGUAGGGGAUUUCUAUCAUGGAGCACUCUGCUGAUGGCCUUGGGAUGUUUGUUGCUCCUGGAGUUGAUGAUUCUGCAGAGGGUGCCCUACCUGACGGCUUUCUACCUGUUGCUGCCCUUUGGAAUCCUCAUCAUAGCCGUGGCCGAACGUCCUCUAAGAGGUAAUGGCGUUAUAUUCCAGUUCGCCAUCCUUCAUCUGGUGGGGAUCGUUGUGCCCGCUGGCCUCUUGAUAUUGAUGGCCUUCCACAACACCCACAUUGGACUGCUCUACUUCCUGCUGGUUUGCCUCAACAACCGAAGGGCCUUCUUCAGGCCCUCCCUGAAAUUCUUUUUCUGGCUGGCCCUCGUGAUCCUGCUCAGUGGUAUCUUGGUGGUGAAGCAGAACUCAAGUUUGGAUUUCCUUACCGAUGCUGUAGGAGAUUACGUGAACAAAAUCCACGUGGUGUACUUCAGUAUGGUGCUAUCCGUGGUACGUCCCCUUAUCCUAAGGCAUCACCAUGCGAAACGUGUUUGGAUCAUCAACAUUGCUGCAAUGCUGGCAUCAGCAUACGGAAUCUAUCUGUGGGAUACGGAUCAGCCAGUCUGCACCUAUGUUUAUGCGGCCUGUUGGUCGUACCUGGCCUUUGCCUUCCUAUCAAUUCCUUAUAGUGGGACAAAGGAUCUAAAGCGUCGCCUAGAGCUGAUCAUUUUCAAUAUGCUCACGGUACACCUUAUGCUAACCAUAUCGAUGGCCUCGCUCUUUGUCCAGAUCAUGGUAACCGAGUUUGUGCUGGGCCUCGAACUUUAUGAAGAGAGCAACACAGCGGUGGAGAUCAAGGAUAGGAAUAGGGAUGAAGAUGGGGAUCAGGACGGGAACCAAGUGGAAGAGGAGCCCCAAAAUGUGAGGACGUUGAGUCCAUUGGAGCACCUGAGGCUGUCCUAUCGCUAUGCGGCUCUCAUUUUGCUGUAUUUCUACGUGUCCUUCGGAACCGGCCACUGGUUCUUCAACUUUACCUUCAAACCCAUCACCUCGCGACUCUUCUUCCCCCAGUUCCAGCUCCACAUGAUUGCGGCCUUUAUCCUGCUUAAGAUAUUCAUUCCAUCAAUUAUCGUUAUGUCGAGCAUUUACGCUCUGGUAGCCUUCGGUCGCAAAAAUACCCGGUCCAUCUUUAUCUGCCUGUUCCUCAUGAACGACACCAUGAGCCUCUACUUCUGCUACUUUGUGAACAAUCGAGGCUCCUGGCAGGAGGUGCGCCAAUCGUUGGACCAUCUUCUGGUGACCCAUGUCUUCAUCAUAAUCCUGCUGGUCUGCUCCUGGAUCGCUAAGGCUUUUCUUAUCAACACCACGGAGGUUAAACCACCCCGUACGCGCCAAGUCCAGGUUCUAGACGGUGCUAUUGCCUUAGUUGGGGACAGUCAGGCCUAGCUAAUUUCGAAUGAUGUUCCAAAAUUAUCUGGUUUUAGUUUUAAUCUUCUUCGCUGCUUAGAAAGAAAUUUGUUAGUCUAUGCAGAAGUGGCAAUUGUUAUGAAUAAAAUUUUUAAAAUUCUA